AUGAGCGAAGGCUUCACUGGAAACUUGGGAUUCGAGGGAUUAGAUGUUACAUUAAAUUAUUUCACAAAUCAACCUGAUGUUCUGUCUGUGACCAAUGCAGAUCUUGCCAUAAUCUUCAAAUCGCUUAGCAAGAAAGACCCAAAAACCAAAGAAAGGGCUCUUGGCGAUCUACUUGCAUUCAUCGAGAAAGAGUCUGUGGGAUUUAAUGACUUGGAUAUAGAAUGUUGGGUGAAAAUGUAUCCUAAGAUUGCACUCGAUAACUCCAAAGAUGUGAGGGCGAUGACUCACAGAAUUCAGGGCACACUUUUGAAGACACUAGGAUCGAAAAUAUAUGGCAAAUACUUGAAAAUUACGAUGCCGAUUUGGUUAUUGGGUAUCAAGGACCCCGACAAGGGUGUUUCCAAGACAGCAUCGAGUCUAUUGCUCGAGAACUUUCUGGGAGACAAGUCCAAAUUUGAAAAGGUGUGGGAGAUAUUUGAAAAUCAGAUUUUGAACUUGAUCGGCUCGGUUGUUACUAUAGAAACUCCAGAAACCUUGUCUGAUCCAAGAUAUGUGUCUGAGUCUGAAAUACAAAUCAAAUACGACCGAGUUUUGAGUGUGUGUAUUGAGAUGCUUUUGCAAAUUUGCAAAAAGUCUGAAUAUACCGCAUCCAUCGAACUGAUUUUGAAACUGGACACCAUAUGGGACAGUUUAGUCAACAGUGUGAAAGACGACUCGAUGAACUUGGGUUUAUUUAAGUACAUUUUGACUUUGAUAUUGAACUUGUUUUCCGUUGAAAGCCAUCUUUUGGAAUCUAUGGAUUACAAAUCCUUGUACAAAACGGUCUCAAAGGCAAUAAUGAAAGUGAAAUACUCCAAAAAUAGUCCAUCCAUCAUUUAUUCAGCUGUGAUUCUCCCGUUUUGGCAAGUUUUGAUACAGCUUACGAGGUUCUCAAAGCGUAUGCAAUUGAAUAAAUCGAUUUGGGACAUAGGGGGCAGCAAAGCUAUCACAAGGCUACACAACUAUACCCGUCUAGGUCCAUGUGACCUGGAUCCAGUAUAUUACGAUUUAGCUGGUGCUUUGAUGACUGAUUUGAAAGGAGAGAAUGUAGUUGAUUUCAAUGAUUCGGAGGAGUCGGUGUUUUUUACCAAGACUUUGGUGAUGCAGAUGGAAAAGAAUAGGGAAACAUUCAAACCGUCCUGUUUACGGUGCACAUUGAAAGUUUUGGAUUUGUUUGACACAAACAAAGUCGAGAACACAACGACAGUGAUACAAAGCGUGUUGGAGGGAAAAAGUUACAGACUUGGAUCAACCGCCGUUGAAAUCACUUCCAAAUUUGAAAAUUUUGAAAAUAAAUCAUUGUUGAAAGAAUCACUUUCUGUCAUUGUUGCAGACAUCAAAGCAAAUGCAGGAGAUAAAUUAUACACAAAGGAGUACUUGACCCGAUUGUAUGAAUUAUUGAAGGUGGUUGGACUCAAAGAUCAAAGCGCAGAGUUGGUGGAUUCUGUACUAAAGGAGUGUGCUGCAGAGAAGAUUGAUGUCUCAGUAGCUUUUCGCUACGCUGCUGCGUAUUUCACAGUAAGUGAGGACAUUACACCCCUGUUGAAAUCAUUUGUUGGACAGAUACCCCAACAAUUGCAAGGAAACUACGAGACUUUAAUCGAAAUUAUAAAGCAUGUGACAUCAAAGAAGUUGUUGGAAGAUGAAAUUUUGGUUAACUUAAUCAAUGAGUCAUUUUCAAACCUCUCCUUGACAAAUCCAGAAAAAAGAGAUGCUUUCGUGAAAUCGAUUGAUUCAAAUUUUACUGAGUCAGAAUAUCCUGAAAUUUACCUGUACCUCAAAGAGACGUCACGUGGACUGGCCGAGCCGGAAUAUUUGGAAAGAUCAUUAGCAUCUAGAGAUGACAAUGCUUUACGUGAUGUCAUUGACAAUUUGGAUGAGCAGUCGUCACCUGCUUUCAUUUCUGCCGUUUUGAAAACCGAUUCUCUUGCAUAUGCGAUUGAGCUUGGAAUUGAUGGACUUUUACAAUCAGCUUGGGGCAAUGCAAAACAACUGCUGCAGUUUUUAAAAACAUUGAGUCAACACGAUGUGGCCUACUUUUCGUCAUUAGUGGGAUAUCUCCAGAAAUGCUCUAUUGAGACUAGAUUGGACGAUGUUGUCAGUUUGUUUCGAGAGGGCCCACUUCUUUUCGAAAGAUUUUGUCAAUAUGUAAAAGAGUCGGUCAACAACACAGAACCAUAUGAGUUCGCAAUUGCAAAUGCAUUAGAACUGGCAGUCUAUUUAUGCACCCAUGGACCAAAGAGGUUACUGAAAGAAAUACUUCUUGUGGCCAAAUUCAUAAUCGAGUUAAACAUCGAGGAGCGCAACUGGCGAGCCUUGACUUCAAUUUGCAAAGAGAUUGUGUCAGAUUUUGUUUUCACAGAAGAUAUCCAUGCAGAGGAGGAACAAGUUUUGAUGGAAGUCGUUGAGAAAGCUUCCAGACAAAGAGAGAGCGUGAAUUUAAAGGAUCUCAUAGGCGACAACUCUAAUGAUCCGUUAACUUUGAUAGCCGAUGGAGACGAUAUUUUUGCCUUUUAUGCCGCAAGAUGUCUUUCAAAGACUAUUGAAAACGCAUCUGAGCAAUUAAGUCUUCUGCAGUUUGAAUCUUUGGAAAUCAAUUACGUUCAGUUGUUUAAACAUCCAUUGAAAUGCGUGGCUUUAACUAAUGGAAUCAAAAACUUUCUUGGCUCAUCGAAAUUGGAUCGUCCUAGAAACCACGCCUUUUCGGAGCUUUUGGCAGUGAAAAAAGAGGAAGAUAUCAUCACUUUGGGUUUAAAAUGGAUAACGAUACUCAUCUCAUUUAUCAACAAGGAAGCCAACUUGAAAAACAUAUUCCCUGGUAUUAAACUAUCCAUGGUAUUGAAGCAGAUUGACGAUUGGUUCGACACGUCAGCAGCAUAUGACCCUGAAUUUAUCGAUGUGAGAAUUCAAACGUUCAUCUUUCUUGGCCAUCUACCUGACAUAGAAGACGCUUUGCCUGAUAUCUACUAUGAUUUGGUAAACAAGGUAUUAAGCGAUAAUCUCGACAUGGCGGAAGAUCGGAUCGACUUGAGAUACGACACAUUAAAGGUAUACACUAGCUUGUUGAAGUACAAUCUAAGCGGCAUUGAGUUGCAAGAUGAGAAAAUAAUUGAAUUGCUCACCUCAGAGGAUGAACAUCGGGGUCAUGUUGUGUCAUUAGUUGAUGCUGCUUUAGAAAGAGCUGUACAGACUUCCAAUAUAUCAACUAAACUUGUGAAAAGUUCACAAGACCAGCUUUUGAAAACACUUGCCCAGACCAGCUCUAUCAUCAGACAAAAGCUUUGUGUCAUGCAGUUGACAAGACUUUUUAAAGAAGAAAAAGACGAUUUUGUAAUUGAAUACCAGCUUUCCAAAGAUGAGAGCAAGAAGGCAGAGCUUCCAUUACAAGUUAUGAAAAUAAUGCAGCAAUUCAAAGUUGACUCCACUACUGAUGUUUUCAGAUACAUGUUUUCCUGGCUCUUGAUCACCGAUUUUUUCAAAGAUGUCACCCUUUCGAUCAAGAACGAUUAUUUGAAUCAAGUUUUGGAAGGUAAAGAUUUACAGACGCUUUUAUUUUACAUAUUUGAUCAUGUGGAUUUGGAUAACAAGUUUUUGUCAACCUUGGACAUAGAUGAGGUUACAACGUAUGACGUACAGGAAAUAUUCAAUGGAACAAGUGUUGAAGAAGAGUUGAAAAUCCUUUCACUUUGCAUAUACUACAAACUACUCAAGUAUUGUGGAUUUCAAGUGCAACUUUGGUUCAAGGAAAUCAGAGACAAGCAACUUCAAAUGAAGGUUGAAAGAAUCACAAGCAAAUACUUGUCUCCCCCAUUGAUCAAUGAGGUGUUGGAGCAGGUGGAAUCGGAAAAAAAGAAGCUUCUAGCAAAAGAGGACAAUUUAUCCAUAAAAGUGAAUCGAGUUUCAAAUGAGAUAAAAACGUCGUAUCUUGUCGACGAGCAAAAGCUUGAGAUGGUGGUGAAAAUCCCACCUCAUUACCCAUUGGAAAAUGUUGUUAUUGACGGACCUUCGAGAGUUGGAGUGAAGGAGAAUAGAUGGAAGGCGUGGUUACUUGCAUCGCAAAAGCUUAUAUCCCUUCAAAACGGUUCAAUAAGUGAUGCCAUUGAACUAUUUUGCAAAAACAUUAAUCUCCACUUCUCAGGAUUCGAAGAUUGUGCAAUUUGUUAUUCCAUUUUGCAUCAAGAUUUAUCAUUGCCUUCAAAGACUUGUCAAACCUGUAACAACAAAUUUCAUGCUGCCUGCUUGUACAAGUGGUUCAAGAGUUCGGGUAAUUCAACGUGUCCGUUGUGUCGAUCGCCAUUCAAUUUCAAAACUAGAAGCUAG